AUUUGCCAAAGGUGGCAACCCUAGUUACACUAGGAUGAAAGUGUUAUUGACACUAUAUAGAAUCAGUAAUCUGUGUUUGGUACGAUUUUUCACCUAUAUUGUUAGGUCCUCGCGCAGGGUCCUCGUUAGGUCUGCUUUUUAUACGUCUGUGGAAAAAUCAAUCGGGAACGGGAGCCAGUGAAUGAACAAGUGAGUAAAAAGGAAUCCUUACCUACAUGAAGUGUAUUAUCUGUGAAAGGAAAUGUGAAAAUUUCCGGAAUGACAGAAACGUGAAAAUGUUCUAUUGUGUCCUUGUGAAUUUUUAUUGUUUUGGUGAUUAUAAAGUGUAUUAAACAAUGCAGUCUAUCAAUGGGUAUACACUAGUAUACAAUUGAUUUCAUCUAUGAAAUGCAGAGUUUGCAGUAAGACUUUACUACUUAUUGACUAACGAGUAACUUCAUUGAAGAUGGAGAGGCAGCUUCAUAUGUCUGAACAAACACCUACGUCCAGCGAUAAAAAUGAAGAAGAAGCAAAAAAGAAAAAGAAAAGCAGGAAACACAAAAAACAUAAGGGAUCAACAGAAUCUGGUGAGAUAAAAAGUCAUCACAAAAAGCAUAAAAAGCACAAAAAAUCUAAACAUAAAGAUAUUAAAUCUGAUAGUGACACAGAUGUUGAGGAGUUAAUAAAAGCGGAAAGAAAAAGAAAAAUAAAACAAAAUGAUAGAGAUCACAAAGAUCCACCAGCAAAAUCUCCAACUAAACCUAUUGCUACCGUUCUUCCACUAAGUUUAUUAGAAAAGAAAAACGGUAGUUCGAAAUCUCACAGCCAGAUUCUCGAAACUUUAGAAAUCUCAUCAUCUGAUUCUGGUGAGGAAAACUAUCAGGAAGAUUGCGCCAGCCCAGAAUUGAUAUUAAUAGAUGAACAUUUAGACCUUGAGGAACUCAUGAGGGAGAAAGAACUUCUUGAAGCAAGGUUAGAGGCUUAUGAAUCUGAUAAAAGUGAUGAUCAGCUGUGCCUGACUAUAAAACCUAGAAGUGUUGAAGUAUUAUCUGUCGAUGACACAACAUCACCAACUUCUAAAAAACAUAAGAAACAUAAACAUCACGCACAUAGACGGUGCAGUAAACAUAAAGUCAGCCAAGGCAGAUCCCCAGAGAAGGAGAAACUAUGGUCAAAAAGACAGAAGGAGGAUCUCCGAGAUACUAUUAACAGGGAGUCCAGGAGGGAGCAACAGAAGCGACAGGAAGAAAAAGAUUACCGUGACAAGAAGGAACGGGAGCGUCGAAACGAAAUAAGAGAACGCGAUCGGGAAAGAGAUAUGCCAAAAGAAAGAGAUCGCGAUCGCGACCGUGAAAGAGACUGCGAUCGAAACCGUGAAAGAGAUCGCCAAAGAGAUCGCGAAAGGGAUCGCGAAAGGGAUCGCGAAAGGGAUCGCGAAAGGGAUCGCGAAAGGGAUCGCGAAAGGGAUCGCGAAAGGGAUCGCGAAAGAGAUCGUGGAAGAGAUCGUGAGCGAAACCGUGAAAAAAAUCGUGACCGAGAUCGUGAUCGGAGCCGAGACAGGGAUUACGAUAGAGUAAAAGAGCGGGAGAGGCAUAAAGAGAAGGAUCAAGACAGAGAUUGUAUUUCUCCCAACCAUAACCGACGAGAAAGCAAGCCAUCAAAAUGUCGCAAGAAAUUACGUGAACGAAGCCGGCGAGAUAGAAAACCUUCCGAUAGAGAACGACAUACACGAGAGUCAAGCCCAGAGCGACAUAACGACUUAGAUGCUCCUGGACAUAGCUGGGAUCAACAUUAUUUUCAAAGGACUCCGUCUGCUGAGCCCAUGCCGCAAGAAGUGCCUAGCUCGAGCGAGGAGCUUAGCAUUGAAAUAAAUUCGGAUAACGAAGAGACAGAGGAGCAAAUCAUCGAACGUCGGCGCAAGGAGAGGGAACUGCUAAUCAAGAGAAUAGGCGUUAAGAUUGCACCUACAAAAUCCGACCCCAGAGAAAAAAACGAGACAACAACCCAAGCCUCACCGAAAUCAGAUACCCCGGAGAUACCGGCGUCAAAAAAAGCAGAUUUUAACGAAAAGCAGGCUGAGGCUCAGAGCAAAAUGGACACGGAAGGUGACGCGGAAGAAGCCAACAAUAGCGGUAAAGAGAUAAAUAGUGUUAAUAUUUCCGGCUGGGAUAUGUUCGCCGAGCAGGACAGCUUCGGUGGCGCAGCAGCAUUAACCCCCGGGAGCUCCCGAAACAGGUUCACAUCAGAUAACCCAUCGCUCACCGACAAUUGGGACGAUGCUGACGGAUACUACAGGGUGCGCGUGGGCGAGACGCUGGACACGCGGUACAGCGUUUACGGGUACACAGGGCAGGGCGUGUUCUCCAACGUGGUGCGCGCGCGCGAUCUGUUGCAAGAAAGCGCUGAUGUCGCCGUCAAGAUCAUACGCAACAACGAUAUCAUGCACAAGACCGGACUCCGUGAGCUGGAAAUCUUGAAAAGGCUGAACGAGGCGGACCCCAACGACAAGUUCCACUGUCUCCGUUUGUUUAGGCACUUCUUCCACAAGCGACACUUGUGCAUGGUGUUGGAGCCGCUGUCGAUGAACCUGCGUGAGGUGCUAAAGAAGUACGGGAAGAAAAGCGGCAUCCACAUCAAGGCAGUCAGGAGCUACACGCAACAGAUACUGCUGGCGUUGAAGCUGUUGAAAAAAACCGGGAUAUUGCAUGCUGAUAUCAAACCCGACAAUAUCCUCGUGAACGAGAGCAAGCUGAUGCUCAAACUGUGCGACUUCGGUUCCGCGUCUCACGUUGCCGAAAGCGAGAUCACGCCGUACCUCGUCUCACGUUUCUAUCGAGCCCCGGAGAUCAUCCUCGGUGUGAGCUAUGACCACGGGAUCGACAUGUGGUCCACGGCUUGCACCAUAUACGAGCUGUCUACCAGCAAGAUUAUGUUCAGAGGAAAAUCCAAUAAUGAAAUGUUAAAAUAUUUCAUGGAUCUGAAAGGGAAGUUGCCAAAUAAGAUUGUCAAGAAAGGACUAUUCAAAGAUCAUCAUUUUGACGCAAAUUACAAUUUCUUAUAUCAGGAGGUGGAUAAAAUUACGGAGAGGGUGAAAGUUUUGGUGAUGCCAAGUAUUAGAGCGAAGCGCGACCUGCAAGCGGAGCUGGCGCCGGCGCACCACCGCCUGCCCGUGCCCGAGGCCAAGAAGAUGACGCAGCUCAAGGACCUGCUGGAGCGCAUGCUGAUGCUGGACCCUGCCAGGCGAGCCUCCGUCAACCACUGCCUCAGUCACCCCUUCAUACAGGAGAAGAUAUAAACACUGACGCUGAUUCCAUCACUGCACAUGGCUAAUGAGAAGAAAGCGGAGAACAAGUAGAAAAUAUUCUAAGUUGGAGUUGUAACACUGUACACAUAAUAUGGUUAUGAUAACAUAACCCAUAUGUAGAUGGAUCGCAUAUCAUCAUUUAUGUAGCCAGUGGUUAAAAUCGGUCUUAUUUAUUGCAUACUUAUUGGUAAUAUGCUUACAUAUCCCCGCUCCGCCCCCGGUUUACAUGCCGAAUUCAUGCCCAUGUACGAGGUAACUUCUCGCGGCCCUGGGCACACAGUACGCUAUGCAAAAAAUGCAAAUAGGCAUUGAGGCCUAUAAGAGCCCACUAACAUUUCCCUUCAUUAUCCCCUCCACAUAUUCUAGGAAGUUCCCCAACUUUCACCUUUUCCAUCCCCACCCUCCAAGGGGUUUCUUCAGUCGCUAAGCCCGGGGAUUCCAGUAUCCCACUUGAAGGUUUCUCCCGAUGCUGACUGCUAGGACACCUACCGAUAUAAAUAUGCUUAUAUUGGAUUUUUUGAAAUAUAAACACUUACUAUGAGUAAUUGGUGUUUUAAAACAUAGAAUUCAAGAACAUGUGCUUAGUUAUAAUAUUAUGAUCGUGUUUACAACAAUCUCUUAUCAAUUCGAUGUUAGUACGUAAUUUAUUGAGUGUCUAUUAAUAUCAACAAUAUAAUGUUAUUAUGUGAACGAACUAUGUAGUAAUGGACGAUAAAAUUUAAACUAUGCGUGUUCUAUAUCUUAACUGAAUGAAAUUAUUUUUUUUAUUAUUAUUAACUUUUAUAUUUUGCCGUGAUAAUUAAGUUGAUCGAUGAUCGCCGUUGUUACACCAAUCGAAACAUGUAGACUUACCGCCGUUGUCAUUAAACAACGCCGAUCGUAUUUUCUGUCCAUCGUGAAAAUGGACCAAUCAGAUCAAGGUAUUUUUGACAUGCCUUUUAAAUGUCUAUAAAUACAUUUUGC